CCGCUAUAAAUUCUUCAUGGCGUGCUUCCCCAUCCUACUAAAAGCACACGCAAGCCCUGGGUGAACACAUGCAUGCAGGAUUUUGCAAGGUGGAAAAUGCCCGAAGAAAAGUCCUACUGAAUUUCAGUUGUCUGAAGCUGAGGGAAUGCAUAUAAGGAGCAGUGAUAUGAAGAAUACUUCACAAAGGUCAUGCGAAGACAAACUUGACUAGUGGGGAAUCGCCUUCCAGAAUCAAUUGCAGCCUCAGCCUUCCACUGAAAUAGUUGCACAAGGUGAUGGCCGCCCCGCCGCGGCCGGCAGCGCUCCGCACAGGCUCGGCGCGGCGCCGCCAAAGGUAGCGCGGCUCCAUGGAGGGCUCCCUGGAGGGCAGCGCGGCCCCGGAGGAGGAGAGCGGGGCCGCGAACGGCGCCCCCCCGCCACCGCCGCCGCCCACCCCGGCCGCCCCCUGCGGCUUCAGCUCCUCCCUCUGCUUCAGCGCGGCCGCCGCCGAGCCGCAGCCGCCCGCGGCCGGCGGCCGGGUGGUACAGAGCCAGUGGGAGAUCAACAACGCCGCCUGCCAGCCGGAGGAGGACGAUGAGGAGGUGGUGGGGCCGCGGGACCGGCCGGCGGAGGAGCCCGACCUUGUGAUCGAGGUGUCGGGGCGUCGCAUUCGGACGCACAAGGCGGUGCUGGCGGCCAAGAGUGACUACUUUCGUGCCCGCGCCUCCCGGGACGUCCUGCGGGUGAAGGGGGUGAGCUACGGGGCGCUGCGGCUUCUCAUCGACUACGUGUACACGGCCCGCAUGGGAGAGGUGCGGCACGACAACCUGGCGGAGGUGGUGAGCGGCGCCCGCGUCCUGCAGAUGCCGUGUGCCCUGCACUGUGCCGCCGAGGCCAUGCGCGCCCAGCUCUGCCUUGGCAACUGCUACCAGCUCCUCUGCCUGGCCAAGAAGCAGCGGCUGGCGGAGCUACGGGAGGCUGCCUACCGCUUCAUGAGCGACCAUUACCUGGAGGUGCUGCGGGAGCCCAGCGUGUAUGGCCGCCUCAGCGGCACUGAGCGGGACCUCAUCCUGCAGCGGCGCAUGGAGGCCGGCCGGCCCUGCCUGCUGGUGGCCGAGGUCAGCGAUGCCUUCGAGCGGCCGGGUGGCGGCAGCCGGCCACAGAGCCGCGAAAGCAGCCGGCCGCAAAGCCCCUCCUCCGUGGUGUCCCUGGAGGAGAGUGGCUCCCUCAUCCACUGCUACCAGGAGGCCAGCGGCGAGUGGAGGGUGCUGACACGCCUGCCCGAGGAAGCCAAUGCCAAGGGCUGUGCCAUGUGUGUCCUCCACAACUACCUCUUCCUAGCAGGGGGCAUCGUGACAGGGCCGGUGGGCAGCGAGCCCAGGGCCCGCCUUUCCGACAAGGUCUUCUGCUAUAACCCCCUCACUGACACCUGGAGCCAGGUGCGGCCGCUGGCCCAGCCCCGCUCGCAGCUCAAGCUGCUGGCCCUGGAUGGUUACCUGUAUGCUGUGGGGGGUGAGUGCCUCUUCACUGUGGAGAGGUACGACCCACGGGCUGACCGCUGGAGCCCUGUGGCACCUCUGCCCAAGGGUGCCUUCGCUGUGGCUCAUGAGGCCACCACUUGCAAUGGGGAGAUCUAUGUGUCAGGAGGCUCCCUCUUCUACCGCCUGCUCAAAUAUGACCCCAAGCGUGACGAGUGGCAGGAGUGCCCUUACAACAGCAGCCGCCGGCGCUCAGCGGACAUGGUGGCCUUCAAGAGCUUCAUCUACCGCUUCGAUGUGAGCAGUGGCCGUGGUGGGGAGCCGGGCCCAGGUGGUGGGGCCGCUGGUGGUGUCGAGGUUUUCCGGUACAACACAGUGGCCAAGUGCUGGAGCCAGUGCGCCAGCCUGCGGCCCAGCGGCAGCCCCAUCCAGCCCUUCCGCUGUGCCCCCUUGGGCAACACCAUCUACUGCGUCAACCGGACCGGCACCCUUCGCUUCAGCCUAGCCCAGGAUGGUGAGGUGGAAGCGGAUGGUGGGCUCAAGGGCACUUUUGAUGGGGAGCUUCUUAAAGCUCCCUUGGAUGUCAAGGGUGUUCUCCUGCCCUUUGUGCUUACCCUGCCUGAGAGGCUGGACAAAGCAGGGGACCAGGAGGGCUCCCUCCCACUGUGAGAUGGUCAGCCUGGCUCUGGCUUCCUGAGAGGGGAGCUGGGUUGCAGCUGUGGGAGACCCACAAACUCCCACCUACAGAGGGGAUUCCCCCUGGUGAGUCUGCAGAGAAGAGGGGCUCCCUCUUUCCUCCUCUCUGCUCCCAGGAUUAUGAGCUGGUUGUAACUCUUCUCAUGUUUGCUGUGCUUUGUGUGAAAAGCCAAGCACAUGAAAGUAAAAGCUGCUAUAUUGGAUAAUCUCUGGAUUAUGUUUGUGCCAAUUCCCAAUCUGAGAAAAACGUUUUUACACCUGGAUAUCUAGAAUAUUCCUGACAACAAUGUCAUAAUGGGACAUUAGUGUUGGUUGUGUGUUUAUGCAUAGUUGCAAUCUGGGUUGGAGCCUUUUCUACUAUUUGGGUUUUUUCCAUCUAGGAUGAUACUGAGGGAUAAACAUAGUUUAGCUGAAUUUGUUUGUAUGUUAAACCAGCUAUUUCCUGUGUCAAAAAAGUAUAGGAAGAACAUCUCUGUCACAGCCUUUCAUUUGUGGUGCAAUGGAUGGUUUAAGGAAGAUGUGGCACUGUGUGGUCCCGGGAACUUCAACCACAGAUGAUUUAACAUAUACCAGACUUAAAAGUUUUAAGUAACUGAAAUGAGUGCCACAUGUUUUACUUGGAAUACAAAAAAAAAAAAGUCAAGUUACCUUUUUAAAAUGUGGCAUAUUAUAGCACAUAUGAAAUGUUGAUAUGUUCUUUAUUUGAAAAAGGCAACGGUUUCUAUAUAAAAAGACAUUGUUUUAUUACUGGUUUUUAAUCAGAGAUUUUAAAUUAUAACAAAAAUGAACUGAAGCUGUUCAGACUGCAGCCAAUUGAUGUGACCAUGUAUGCCACUAGAGCUGGGGAAAAACUUUGUACUUCAUCUGCUCUUUAAUUAACUGCAGGUCAAGGAAGGUUAACCUAAACCAAAUGUAAGUUCUUUGAAACUGACUGUAAACAGCUUAAAUGUUUCACUGUAUGUUCAGUAUCCUGUGGCAAGAGGCUUUUCCAGCUUGGUUCGAGACCAUCAAAGGAGGACAUGGAAAAUAGGAAUGCGCAACACAUGUCGAUUAUAUUGUGCACUAGCAUGAUGUUACCUCCCUAUCUUUUGAUUGAGAGACUGCUUUAUUUAUUUUGAUCUCAUGAUUAUUGUAAUCAAUAAGUCCUUGUUAAAUGCAGUACGUGCUGAUAGCAUACGCCGUCAUUGUGAUUCUAAGCUUCCCAAGAGAGCUCUUUGUGGAGCAGUGUCCUAAUGAGACAAAACCAUACAAAGCUCCUUCUUGCCUGUGGAAAGUUGUCAUGUUACUCAGAACUGGAAAAGAGUAAAUUGUCUACAUAGACAGACUAUAUUGAAAAGGACACAUGCAUUUAUUUUAUACAUUUUAUAUUGCAAAAAAAUCAGCAGGCAAGGCAAAUGUUUUAGCUUUAUGGUAAAUCACUGAAAAACCUUUUCUGAAAAAAGGAACUUGUGUUUUUGCUAGUACAUCACUGUAUACUCAGUGUGGAACUGGCGUGGACUGUGGAAGAGAAUUGUUUUUACUCAAAGUUCUUGUAUAGAUUCAUAUUUUAGAAAGACAUAGGGACCUUACAUCAAAGAAAGCAGAUUUUUUUAUGUUUUAUUAAGAUGUUUUUGUUAAACAGGACUUUAGCAUUCUUAUAUGUAAUUGCUAGUUCCAAAGGAAGACAGCAGGCUCUGUCCUAAGAGACACCAUCUUUACAAAAGAGAGUAGUGAGGUUUAUAGAUACUUCUUUUGUUCACUUAAUUUUUUUUUUUCUUUUCUCCUUCUGUCUUGCACAGGGUUUUAACACACUUGAUCUGGUUAGCCAUGCUACAGAAAACAGUGGUCCAGUCCUAGAAGUUCUUAGCCUAGUGAGCCUAUUCCCUAGUGAACUAAUUAAAGCAUCAGCCGGGCAGGAGCUGUAGGCCUGCAGAGUGUGAUGUUUAUCUUAGCCUCAGUACAGGUUGGUGCCAUGGAAUUUAAUACCAUUCAUGGAGUGUUGGAUUUAAUUCUCAGACAAGAAUCCUUGGAAAUGUUGACUCUAAAUUAAAUUACAGCAUUGUAGCUUGAGCAGGAAAGAAAAAGUAUGUGUUUGCCUUCGGCAUAAUUUUUAUGUUAACUAUAGAAAGUAUUUCAAGCUGGGUAGUGAAAUACUUAGGUGCAUACUUAAACUUAGCAUAAGUGCUAGGCCAGAUUUUGAAAUAGUAGAGUCACCGGGAACACACACAAGGAAAUGUCUGUUUUAUCUUGCAAUACAAUACAAUUUCAUAGUUCAAAGUAUUACGUAGUAUAGUUCCUAUACUACAGCAUAACGAGGCAUUAAGCCAGCUUUUGCAUUCCUAUUAAUUAAGCAUUAAUUAAGCACUUUCAUUCCUGCUAAUGCAUGAAAAUGCUUUUAAACAAGUUUUGGGAAGCCUCCAUGAUUUAGGCUGUGAAAAUAGCUGCAAACUUUCGUGAAAGAAUGAACCAUAUCCUUUCUUCCAGUAUUUGUUGCUGUACACUGUGAAGAAAUACAUUUGGACAUAAGUUCUACAGUACUAAGCAUUCAAUGAACCUGCAGUGAUUUGUAUUUUUGCUAGCUCCUAUUUUUAGAAAGGGUUGAAUCAAGUGCUUACCUGCUUUCACUGUUUACACAGUGUCAAUGGAGGCAGUCUGGGCUUCAUUAGCAGCUGUCUAUCAAACCUGUUUCCUUUGUACACUCUGCAUAGUCACAGCCUGAUGAUUGACAACAGAGGCAUGUUUCUAGCCAGAUUUCCUACUCUGUGGCCUCUGUUUCCUCCCUGGUAAGCCUUAGGCAGAUUUACUGAGAGUUGUUUUUUCCCCCAAUUAUAUCUUCACCCAAACAACCCCACCAAACUUGGGCACAAACCUCAGAAUUUAGGUAAUCUUCAGGCAUUUGAAGACCAAAAUUAUCAUCCCAGAACUCUUCAGUUUAAUUUAAACCUAGCCACAACUGCCCCUUUGACAUGUAGAGGCGCUGAGCAGUUCUCCUUCACUCACUCAGAACUGCCCACCUCGGAGCAGUUCCACACCUACCUAAGGACCACCUCAACUCCUUUGAAAAUAGAUGAUGGGAUACCCAGAAGCCACUGAUCUAAUAGGGUUUUAUGGUACAGAUUAAAGGGCCAGGCCACCCUCAAGUUGCAUAUGUUUUGCUUUAAAGACAAAGCUGUUUUAUCUAGAGUCGCCUGAAGGCUACUCUGUUUGCAUGGGAACAUGGAGAUCUGUGUGUGCUUUCUUAGCCUGCAAAUGUUCAACCCACAUCUUCCACUGCCUCAUUGUCAAUGGACUAAAGGACCUCUUGGAGCUUGUCCCUGAUCUCUAAAUGUUUAUGCAUUUUGCAUUGUAUGUUAAUUGGCUAAAAAAUCUCACAAAUUGUCAAGGUAGGUAAAUUCAAACCCUCGUCCUCACUGACAAAUUGGAGACUAGCCAGAGAGACAUAGUUUGCUCUGUCAUCUUUCUUCUCCAUGAAUCUUCCAGUCCUCCCAUUUUAGUGGGACAUGCAGGAGAUAAUUUUUCGGCUCUAAUUUUUUAGGCAAUAAUUUUUCCUUCCUAGAGUACUCCUGUUUUCAAGGUCAUCUGCUUGAGGAUUUAGACUUGAAUUCCCUUAAGCUGAAUAAGGGCUGAAGUGAGGCCUUGCACUUCACGUGUGUGCACGCGUGUGUGUGUGCAUUUUCAGAUCUAGAUGACUGUUGAGAAGAACUGUAUUGGGACCACUUCCUGGGUUCUUUUUCAGGGGUGAGCUUCUUGCAAAUCCUCCAAAAGCACACACAGGCUCCUCCACAUUGAGUUCUGGGUAAAUUCCAGGCUCCAGCUCCUGGAUGGGUAAAUCAGGACAGAUGUAGUAAAUGUUUGUACAAUUGGGCAAAUUUUCUUUGGAAAGCUUUUGCAGACAGGCUCUGUAUUUUGGGUUACCAGUCCAAGGUGAGCUACUCCAUGCACUGUACCGGGAGGCCAAGCAGGUGAUUCAAAUUCUUCUCAGGGGUGCCGUCUCGGUAAAGAGGCAUUGUAGUGCCUAACAUGGAAAUGCCUAAAGCCUUCGUUGAAUCUAAAACUAAAUCCCAACUUCAAUAAAGAAAUGCUAAUAACAGAUGGAACCUUACCGUUUCCAUCUAUCAACUAGUUCUGUAAAAAGAAAUCCUUAAUUGUAGCAAAGGCAUGUGUUCAAAUUCUGUUCACACUUGGAAACUAAACCAAACAAAUAAUUGGCAAAAGAAUAACCCUAUUUGAUCAAAACCAACACUGUUAAGCAACAUGGGAAGGAUGCUAAUCAUAUCCUAGUAAUGAAUAAAAUUGUGCAGUAGCUGAUGUAAAUUCUGUCCACAAAAAGUUUCUUUGUAAAUAAGUACCUGGUAGAAUUUAAUUGAUAAAAGAAUAAAUUAUUCACAUGAAAGCCGUAACUCUCCUGUGCUGUUUGAUUGGCUCUCGGUGUUGUAUCCCAAUUACCACUGUUCCUGAGUGGCUAUUGCUUUUCCUGAUUUACAGUGUGCAUUCCAUUGACUGCUCCAUAGAUGUGUUACCCUUCAUUAUCACAAAGCUUAACAGCGGUGCUGGUGCUUUGUGUCUGGACUGAUGUGCAGUGUUUUCUAUGUGAAUGAACCCAGAAGAUUUAGACUGAAUCGUAUCUUUGGGCUUUUUUUUUUUUCCCUUUAGCGUUACCCCUGGGAAACUUAAGAAAGCACAAGAGGAAAUGGUGAUACUGUUGAGCAGUUGUAGUAACAAGCAUUUUAUUAAUUUUUUUUUGUCUGCUAUUGUUCCGUGCACCAGAUUUGCACUGGGUGUAACAGAACAGUAUGGCUGUUCUGUAUGGCUAUUAUCAGUAUGAGUCCGAGUUCUGUUGUAGCAAAGUACAUUUUUACAUGUUUGCUGCCUCAACUCCUACUCCAAGAUAAUAUAAUGCAAAUUUGUGAUAGUUUCACACAUUUACUAGAUUACCGUAACUAUUCUGACUUCACAUUAUUGCUACUAAAAGCAGAGAUUGACAUACAAGCUCAGUAAAAUUUUGUGCUCAGAACAUAUAAUCAGACACUUUUCAUUUGCUUUGGCCUGUUGAAUGCUGAGAGCUGCUGGAAUGAACCCAUUGCUUUUAAGAAUCAGCAGGAUUGCUGGUUUUGGCCGGGGUAGUUAAUUUUCCUCACAAUAGCUGUUAUGGGGCUGUGUUUUGGAUCUGUGCUGAAAACAGGGUUGAUAAUACAGAGGUGUUUUUGUUAUUGCUGGGCAGUGCUCACAGAAUCCAGGCCUUUUUUGCUCCUCACCCCACCCCACCGGUGAGGAGACUGGUGGUACACAAGGUGUUGUGAGGGGGCACAUCUGGGACAUCUGAUUGCAACUGACCAAAGGGAUAUCCCAGGCCAUAUGUUGUCAUGCUCAGCAUAUGCAGUUGGGGAAAGAAGAAAGAACUGGGGGACAUUCCGAGUGAUGGUGUUUGUCUUCCUAAGUCAUCGCUAUGGAGCUAUGGAGCUGAAGCUCUGCUUUCCUGGGGAUGGCUGAACACCUGCCUGCCCAUAGGAAACAGUGAAUAAAUUCCUUGUUUUGCUUUGCUUGUGGGUGCAGCUUUUGCUUUACCUAUUAAACUGUCUUUAUCUCAACCCAUGAGCUUUCUCAUUUUCCCCCUUCUGAUUCUCUCCCCCAAACUACUGAGAGGAAUGAGUGAAUGGCUGCGUGGGGCUGAACUGCCAGCUGACAUUAAAACACAACAGCAGGCUAUUUUGGAGACUGUCUAACUCAUAAAUAACUCAAUGGGAAGAAAUGGGACCGUGAGACAGUGGGAUAGGAGGGAAGAGAUGAAUUCAGAGUCAAAAGUAUCUACUGUAUAUCUGGUUGAAACAAACAAAUAGCAGGGAAGGGAAACUGGAAUUGGUACUUGAGACAGUGGUGACUGUAGGGCCAGGUUCUUUUCCAAAUAUUUCUUAAACAGACUGAGUUUCUACCAAUGAUAUUGGUAGUCUUAUAAUAGUUUUAUAAUUUUACACCUGCAAUGCUGUUCAAACCACCACAAUAAACCACCACAUAAGCUACCUUUUGCAGGAGUCUCUUGCUUUGCUUUUAAGCCUUAGUGGAUAAACCUUGGAUAAAUUUGUGAAAUGAUGAAAUAACAAUGUCAGUGCUACCACUUCCACAGAUUAACUAAUGCAAAUGCUUUAGACACUGUUCACACUUAAGGUGAAUUAUAUGUGUAACUGAUGUAUUAACAGUUCCAUUUUUAACGUAUAUAUAGGUAAAGCAUUUUAUGUACUCCAACUUAUGUUGUAAUGAAAUAAAUACUUAAAAACUUA